AGUUGGGCUUUGAGGUCCCUUCCAACCCAACCCACUCCGGGAUUUUCUGAUUUUAUGUCUAAUGUGAUACCAGUAAAGGCUGUGAAGUUUAAUGGGAAAUCACAUUAAUAUUUUAAAUGAACUCUUAAGCUGAGGCUCCUGCUGUUGAUUUUCAGGUCAAAGAUAAAUUUUGUACACUGGUAGGGAGGAAUAAAUUUUAGAUAUCAGAAAAAAGUGGUCUGAAGUCUAUAAAUUGGCCUGUACCUUCAGGUGUUUUGGAAUUGAAUUUUUUCCUCUUUCUCACUUAUUUAAUUAUCAAUAUUUCUGAAAUUAGAGGGUUUUUUUAUAAAAAUUAAGCACAAACUGGGUCUGGAGGGGGUUUAUAAACCAAGAGCAGCUCUUGCCAGUAGAUGGAGGUAAUGAGAUACAGAAGUCAAACUGGAUUCUCUAGUCCUUUGAAGAUGGGAUAAAAACCAAGUGAUGUGUAGGAAAACGGAGAACUUGUAGUUUGUUUUUGCAUUUUGUAGGACUUGCAGAAGAAAUUAAGAAAGCUGGCUUAAAAUAGGGCUCGAACUCAAAAUGCUGUACAAGUAUUCCUGCAUCAGUGGGAUUUUCCUGGUUUAUAUCCAUUUUCUGCACAGUUUAUGCAAGUAAUUAGUAUUCUUUCUAUAAGUGUUUUGGGGCUCUUCUAACAGUAUGAGUCACAAUGAGAAUUGAUUCUCACAGCAGUUUUCUGAUUUGCCUUUUGGUUUAUAACAUUUCAUCCUGGUUUUUAAAAAUUAGAUAAAGGAAGGGAGCUGGUUUAGCUGAAUCCAGGCUCUGAGGGUGCGUGUCUGAGUUCUGUGAGGGUUUGUCUUGUGGGACGAGACCCAGAGAUUUGUUUACAGUAUAAAAUCCUCCUGUUAAACCUCGGAACCUACAAGUUAAAUCCCUUUUUUGAUAGUUAAAUAUUUCUAACCUCACAGAUGGUAGUAGUUGCAGCAGAUUAGUGCUGCCUUUGCCUAAAGAGUAGUAGGACAGUUUUUAAAGUCAGUUUUGAGGAUGCCUCUAAAAUUGUAUGUUGCCAUUCCCACCUGCUUUAUAUCUAAAGAAAUACUUGCAGUCAGUCCUCUAAGUGCAGAAUUUUAAGUUGCAUCGUUUUGAGAGGGCCUUCAGAGGACAGUACAACAACUUGAUGCACAAUAACUUCCAUGUGCUGCACUUCUGUCUUUGGGUUGGAGACUACUCCAUUUCUCACCUUAUCUUGCUUCUUCACAGGAUGAAACUGAAGGCUCUGAACCUCUCAGCUACUCACUUGAAUUAGAAAAUUGCCCAGAUGUAUCAGGAACAAUGGUAUUAAAUAAGUAACCUGUUGUGGGACUUGUGCCUCGUGCUCAGCUCUUGCAGAGCUCAGAUCCUUGUGCUUCAACUUUUAAAUCUCUUUCCACAGGAAGAGUUAUGGGAGGUGUGGCUGACACUGAGAGUUUACAGGCCAAGGUUAAACAAAACCAAAACAGAAACCCAAGCUGAGAGAUUUGACAGCACGAGAGCAGUUUGAACAUUCCCAGCAUGUUUUUGCUUAGUGAGAUAGGUAUGACUGUGAGUUCAGAGAUUUUUUUUAAAGGAAAAGUGCCUAAGGAGAUGUCAUUUUUCUUAGCACUGUCACAAAUUUUAUAGAUGUUGGCACUAAUUCUUUGUCCUCACAUACAAAAGUAGAACUUGCCAUAAAUUGACUACCAUAGCUUUGUGGGAAGUUACCACUCAUGGUGAACUGUUUUAUGACAAUUACACACUGUUCGUAGAAUAGAUGAACUUAAUAUAAGCAAUUUAUGGGUCUGUAUUUUUCUUUUCCUCCUGUUUUACAGCAGUGAGAGUAACUGUGAGCUUUCUAGAAGCUUGUUUGUGCAGGACCAUAUGGAAAACAAUGCCCUGGAAGGAGUGCUUGCUGGAAAUAGCACCUGGAGUCAUUAGUUUGUAUGCCUUUGUAAACAGCCAGGAAUGGACACUGAGCCGAUCUGUACCAGAGCUGAAAGUGGGGAUCGUGGGUAACCUGGCGAGUGGGAAGUCAGCGCUGGUGCACCGGUACCUGACGGGCACCUACGUCCAGGAGGAGUCCCCUGAGGGUGGGAGAUUCAAGAAGGAAAUAGUGGUUGAUGGACAAAGCUACCUGCUGCUGAUCAGAGAUGAAGGAGGCCCUCCAGAGGCACAGUUUGCCAUGUGGGUGGAUGCUGUUAUCUUUGUGUUCAGCUUGGAGGAUGAAGUCAGCUUCCAGACUGUUUACCACUACUACAGCCGCAUGGCCAACUAUCGCAACACUAGUGAGAUGCCCAUGGUCCUGGUGGGCACCCAGGAUGCUAUCAGCUCCACCAACCCCCGUGUCAUCGAUGAUGCCAGAGCCAGGAAGUUGUCCAACGACCUCAAGAGAUGCACUUAUUACGAGACGUGUGCCACCUACGGGCUCAACGUGGAGAGAGUCUUCCAUGACGUUGCUCAGAAGAUUGUUUCCACCAAGAAGAAGCAGCAGCUCUCAAUCGGACCCUGCAAAUCUCUUCCCAACUCUCCGAGCCACUCCUCCGUGUGUUCUGCCCAGGUUUCUGCCGUACAUAUCAGCCAGACCAGUAAUGGAGGAGGGAGUUUAAGUGAUUAUUCCUCCUCUGUCCCAUCAACUCCGAGCACCAGCCAGAAGGAGCUGCGGAUUGAUGUUCCUCCCACUGCCAACACACCAACUCCUGUCCGUAAACAGUCCAAGCGUCGAUCCAACCUCUUCACGUCUCGGAAAGGGAGUGACCCAGACAAAGAGAAGAAGGUCCUGGAGAGCAGAACAGACAGCAUUGGAAGCGGCCGUGCAAUCCCAAUUAAACAGGGGAUGCUGCUGAAGCGGAGUGGCAAGUCCCUGAACAAGGAGUGGAAGAAGAAAUACGUGACGCUGUGUGACAACGGUGUGCUGACCUACCAUCCCAGCCUGCACGAUUACAUGCAGAACGUUCAUGGGAAAGAGAUUGACUUGCUGAGAACCACGGUGAAGGUCCCUGGGAAGAGGCCACCCCGAGCCACAUCAGCCUGUGCCCCCAUCUCCAGCCCCAAAACCAAUGGCCUCUCCAAAGACAUGAGCAGUUUACACAUCUCGCCAAAUUCAGGGAACGUGACUGCUAGCACAUCUGUGUCUCAGAUGGCCAGUGGGAUCAGUCUGGUGUCCUUCAACAGCCGCCCGGACGGUUUGCACCAGCGCUCCUACUCGGUCUCCAGUGCAGAUCAGUGGAGCGAGGCCACAGUCAUUGCCAACUCUGGCAUUAGCAGUGACACAGGCCUGGGAGAUUCAGUGUGUUCCAGCCCCAGCAUAUCCAGCACCACCAGCCCCAAACUGGACCCCCCUCCUUCCCCCCACGCCAACAGAAAGAAGCACCGCCGGAAGAAAAGCACAAGCAACUUCAAAGCUGAUGGCAUCUCGGGCACGGCUGAAGCCAAACGCAAAGCUUGGAAACUAAACCGUGUUGGUAGCCUGCGAAAUAUUUACAGCAGCAGCAGCACCAACACCGAAGAACAAGAGGAAAACUUUGAGUUUAUCAUCGUCUCUCUCACGGGCCAGACUUGGCACUUCGAAGCAACCACCUACGAAGAGAGGGACGCGUGGGUCCAAGCCAUAGAGAGCCAGAUCCUGGCCAGUUUACAGUCCUGUGAGAGCAGCAAGAACAAGUCACGGCUGACGAGCCAGAACGAGGCCAUGGCCCUGCAGUCCAUCAGGAACAUCAGAGGCAAUUCCCACUGCGUGGACUGCGAGGCACAGAACCCCGACUGGGCCAGCCUGAACCUGGGAGCCCUCAUGUGCAUCGAGUGCUCAGGGAUCCACCGCAACCUCGGCACGCACCUGUCCCGGGUGCGCUCCCUGGACCUGGACGAUUGGCCCCUCGAGCUCAUCAAGGUCAUGUCAGCCAUUGGCAACGAGCUGGCCAACAGUGUGUGGGAGGAGAACAGCCAAGGCCACGUCAAGCCUUCCUCAGACUCCACCAGGGAAGAAAAAGAGCUCUGGAUACGUGCCAAGUACGAGCAGAAGCUGUUCCUCGCCCCGCUGCAGUGCCUGGAGCUGUCUCUGGGCCAGCAUCUGCUGAGGGCCACAGCCGAGGAGGACUUGCGGACAGUGAUCCUGCUGCUGGCCCACGGCACACGGGACGAGGUGAACGAGACCUGCGGGGACGGCGACGGGCGCACCGCCCUGCACCUGGCCUGCCGCAAGGGGAGCGUGGUGCUGGUGCAGCUCCUCAUCUGGUACGGCGUGGACGUGAUGGUGCGCGACGCCCACGGGAACACGGCGCUGGCCUACGCCCGCCAGGCCUCCAGCCAGGAGUGCAUCGAUGUGCUGCUGCAGUACGGCUGCCCCGACGAGCGCUUCGCCCUCAUGGCCACCCCAAACCUGUCCAGGAAGAACAACAACCGCAACAACGGCGGCGGGAGGAUGCCCACCAUCAUCUGAGGGGAGCUCGCUGGCGUGUCGGCCGAGCCGAGUCGCACCCACAGCCUCCCAUUCCUCCAUCCCUAUCGCAGCUCUGCUCCGUGAGUCUGGUAACUCUCCUUGUCCCUUCCCGCUCCGGCCCGUCCCCGAGUCCCAGCAGGAAGG